GCUGGUUUGGCGCUGACUUUCACUAGGGUCGUGUGCAGAGGACUUUAGUGGGACCAGCAGUGGCAUCGUCUGUAAAGCAACGGCAUUUUGGUUCCUUACCCCGGUAAACCUUCAGGGGUUUUUCUUUGCAUUCAUUUGUUCAGUCUUCUGCAAGUCUCUGGAAAAAAUCUAAUUCGUUUUAUAACCAACCCCAGAUGCGGCAGUGUGUGUGAGAGUGUGUGUGUGCGUGUGUGCUCGCCAGUGCUUGAGAGAAAGGGUUCUUGCUGCAAGGGGAAAAGGAGAACGAAGAAACAAACGGUUUGGAUUUUUUCAAUUCCAUUUUUUGGGGGGUGAUUUUUUAGGAAUGAACGCAGAUACGUGCGUUUCAUACUGUGAUAUGACAUCCAUGGAUUCAUAUUAUAACACGCCUUCGCCACACGGUAGGGAUCAACAACCAUCGGAUCCCUUCAGAAUAUUCCAACCGAGUGAAACCAAAUACAGCCCAACGUUCCUACCCAAAGGACAACAGGGUUACGAGGAGAAGUCUCGGAGUCCUUUCCAACAGGAGUGCCAGUCACUGGAUGACGGCACAGAGGAGGGCAACAACUUCAACAAAUACCACCUCUUCAUGCAACGACCGUCCUGCAAAACACCCCCGGAAGGCGAAAAACUCCACCAGGAAAGCGGAGGACACAACGACGCGCUCAUCCCCUGCUAUGCCAAAGACAACGGCGGUCUAACCGAAUCUGAGCUCACCCCAAACACCGACUCUCCCGGGAUGGAAGGUUCCUACCUGAACCUGAAGGAACCGGGGUUAGGGGUCAGAGGUCAGGGCUCCGACCACCUCUCCAGUCUCGUGGACAAAGGGAGCGAGGCAGCAGACAGCAACAAGGGAAAGAAGAGACGGAAUCGCACCACGUUCACCUCCUACCAGCUGGAGGAACUAGAGAAGGUGUUCCAGAAGACACACUAUCCCGACGUCUACGUUAGAGAACAACUGGCGUUGAGGACCGAUCUGACAGAGGCUAGAGUACAGGUGUGGUUCCAGAACCGGCGUGCUAAGUGGAGGAAGAGGGAGAGGUUUGGUCAGAUGCAGCAAGUCAGGACUCACUUCUCUACUGCCUACGAGCUACCCCUCCUCACCAGGCCAGAGAACUACACACAGAUCCAGAACCCGUCGUGGCUAGGUGUUGGCAGCGGUGUCUCUCCUGUACCUGGCUGUGUGGUGCCCUGUGACGGGUCAGUCACCUCCUGCAUGCCUCCCCACCCUCAUGGAGGGGUCUCCGACUACCUAGGCGUGCCCAGCCCGGGCGCAAUGGGGCAUGAGGGUCACAUGGGACAGACACACAUGGGAAGUCUCUUUGGGGCUGGAGGAAUGGGCGGAGGAAUGGGCGGAGGAAUGGGCGGAGUGGGUGGCGGUCUCAGCGGAUACGACCUGACCAGUGCCGACCCAGACAGAAAGUCUUCUAGUAUCGCGGCGCUGCGUAUGAAAGCUAAGGAACACAGCGCUGCCAUCUCCUGGAACACAUGAUGCUAUGGGAUUGUUCCUGGGUCUGGUCCCACCCUGGUUAGACACGCCCUAACCCUGCCUCCUCAUCUAUACUCUCCUGAACCUGGACAAGGCCAUGCCCAGUACUGGGAAGGAGGAAGAGGAGGAGCAGGACGAGGAGGAAGGUCAGGAUGGGACUACGACUACGCCACCUGAUAGCACUAAUAAUACCAAAGCAGGUGAGAUGAAUGAACUACAACCCGAGACGACAGGAGAGACCAUCACAGGAAACGAUUCAGCAGCUUUAGAAUGAUAACAACGAUGACGUCACCAUGACAAUCAGCAGGAGACGCUGAGAAAAGAAGACGCUAGACAGAGGGAGUGGUGCUACUUGAUCUCUCAGACCUCUGAAGGGGGAACGUGCCAACCACCCUGUUCCUCUUUAUUCUCUAUGCCAACCACCCUGUGCCUCUUUAUUCCCUAUGCCCACCAACCCUGUGUCUCUUUAUUCUCUAUGCCAACCACCCCGUGUCUCUUUAUUCCCUAUGCCCACCAACCCUGUGUCUCUUUAUUCUCUAUGCCCACCAACCCUGUGUCUCUUUAUUCUCUAUGCCCAUCAACCCUGUGUCUCUUUAUUCUCUAUGCCAACCACCCUGUGCCUCUUUAUUCUCUAUGCCAACCACCCUGUUCCUCUUUAUUCUCUAUGCCAACCACCCUGUGCCUCUUUAUUCUCUAUGCCAACCACCCUGUUCCUCUUUAUUCUCUAUGCCCACCACCCUGUGCCUCUUUAUUCUCUAUGCCCACAAACCCCGUGUCUCUUUAUUCUCUAUGCCCACCAACCCUGUGUCUCUUUAUUCUCUAUGCCAUCAACCCUGUUCCUCUUUAUUCUCUAUGCCCAUCAACCCUGUGUCUCUUUAUUCUCUAUGCCAUCAACCCUGUUCCUCUUUAUUCUCUAUGCCAACCACCCUGUGUCUCUUUAUUCUCUAUGCCAUCAACCCUGUGUCUCUUUAUUCUCUAUGCCAUCAACCCUGUUCCUCUUUAUUCUCUAUGCCAACCACCCUGUGUCUCUUUAUUCUCUAUGCCAUCAACCCUGUUCCUCUUUAUUCUCUAUGCCAACCACCCUGUUCCUCUUUAUUCUCUAUGCCAUCAACCCUGUGUCUCUUUAUUCUCUAUGCCAACCACCCUGUGCCUCUUUAUUCCCUAUGCCCACCAACCCUGUGUCUCUUUAUUCUCUAUGCCAACCACCCUGUUCCUCUUUAUUCUCUAUGCCAACCACCCUGUGUCUCUUUAUUCUCUAUGCCAUCAACCCUGUGUCUCUUUAUUCUCUAUGCCAUCAACCCUGUGUCUCUUUAUUCUCUAUGCCAUCAACCCUGUGUCUCUUUAUUCUCUAUGCCAACCACCCUGUUCCUCUUUAUUCUCUAUGCCAACCAACCCUGUUCCUCUUUAUUCUCUAUGCCCAUCAACCCUGUUCCUCUUUAUUCUCUAUGCCAACCACCCUGUUCCUCUUGUUCUGUUGAAACCCACCACCUGAAACAAAUCCACUUCAAGCCUGGUUCCUCUGAGGACACAACAACAUGUUACAAACACCCCCAUUACAAACCCCCAUUAAAAAAAACCAUUACAAACCCCCAUUAAAAACCCCCAUUACAAAACACUACAACUCUAAUGAGCAAAACUCCCUGAUGAAGAGCACUGACGAACCAGAGCAAAGUCUUCAUGAAUCAGCCUCAUUCAUAACUUUUCUCUUUCUUCUCACAGCGACACAAUGACCAAUUGUCUAAGAGGUAUUAAUGGUAUGGUAAUAAGUGAACAUCUGAAAAACAUCUGUGUUUGGUUUUUGACUGCAUGGGAUGUGCUGGCAGCUGUGACCCUGUUUCUAGGUUCCUAUAACUAUGGGCGACACAAGCGACACGGAUCCAUGCCAAUUUGGUUGGGGGGAGUGGAGGGCAGAGAGCAGAAAGUGUACACUUGGCAAUCAUAUCAAGUGAAUGUGUAAUUUCCUCCCCAUAGGACCGCCUCCCUCCCAGCGCCGACCUAUCAGGUUACAGGAAACACAUUCUCCCCUAGCAACAGGCAGGAAUAACACAGAAACAUUAGACAGUGAUUGGGCCUGUCACUAGAGAGUGAUUGGGCCUGUCACUAGACAUUGAUCGGGCCUGUCACUAGACAGUGAUUGGGCCUGUCACUAGACAGUGAUUGGGCCUGUCACUAGACAGUGAUUAGGCCUGUCACUAGACAGUGAUUGGGCCUGUCACUAGACAGUGAUUGGGCCUGUCACUAGACAGUGAUUGGGCCUGUCACUAGACAGUGAUUGGGCCUGUCACUAGACAGUGAUUGGGCCUGUCAUUAGACAGUGAUUGGGCCUGUCACCAGACAGUGAUUGGGCCUGUCACUAGACAGUGAUUGGGCCUGUCACUAGACAGUGAUUGGGCCUGUCACUAGACAGGGAUUGGGCCUGUCACUAGACAGUGAUUGGGCCUGUCACUAGACAGUGAUUGGGCCUGUCACUAGACAGUGAUUGGGCCUGUCACUAGACAGUGAUUGGGCCUGUCACUAGACAGUGAUUGGGCCUGUC